AUGGAUGAGCCGAGCCUCGACGAUCUACUGAAAGGUUUGAGCGACUCAGCAUUGACCAUUAAAAAUUUCGUGGACGACAAUGAGGACCUGCAUCACAUUCAGAGAUCGAAUAAGGAGCUGCAACAAGCCAAGCAAACCAGGGUGGCGAAUUCCCUACAUAAGGUACGAAAGCAUGCAAAUGCUCUUUUUCGUGCGAUUGCUUGUGGUUGGAGUCGGCAAUGUCAUGAGAGACACCGAGCCAUGCUUCGUCUAGAGCCUCGAUGUCAGGAAGCAUACCACGCCCUGCAGUCACCGUCGGGAGUUGAAAAGUCAGUCACCCGGUCAGCAGUUCCGGAUAUUGUUAUCACCUCUGGUGAAGUACCGUCCCCAGAAGGGUCAGUGCCCAUCGAGGUAACGAGUAUUUGCAAGACACUUGCAGAAGUUCAACCACCUGUGCUUCAGCUGUCAAGCGACAACCGGCUUUUUUGGCGUAUGGAGGCGCCUUACAAUUUCUUACGACCUGCGCAACUAGGCGAGCGGACUAUGAGCUUGGAUGUAGUCCUGGAAGAGCGGAGGCAACUGGAUCCGGAAGAUCGCAUCAAGCUUGCCGUAAAUUAG